UACUCUAGUACACCACACUAAAAAGAGAAAAAAGAAAAAUAGCCAUGGGUAACCAUAGUCUUCACUUGCUAAUAGUAUUCUUAUCUCUCCAAUGUUUUCUUGUUCAUAACACCAUGGCUAAAUCAGCCAUGACCUCAAAUCCAGCUGCCAUAAAAUUCAUCAAAGUUUCAUGUAAAGCCACACUUUACCCUGUUUUAUGUGUCCAAUGCCUCUCUGCUUUCGCCAACACUGUUAAACAGAGUGAGCAGCAAUUAGCUCACGCUGCUUUAUCAGUUAGUUUAAGCAAAGCAAAAUCUACUAUGAUAUUCGUAUCGAAGUUAAAUAGAAUGAGAGGUCUAAAGCCAAGAGAAAAACAAGCAGUCAAGGACUGUUUGGACACUAUGAGUGAUAGUAUCGAUCAGAUAAACAAAUCAAUUCCGGAACUUGGACAUACUGGUCAAUUUUCAACUGGACAGGAUUUCAUGUGGCAUGUUAGUAAUGUACAGACUUGGGUAAGUGCUGCACUUACUGAUGAAAAUACUUGUCUUGAUGGAUUUUCAGGGCGUGGUAUGAAUGGAAAUGUGAAAGCUGCUUUAAGGUUGAGAAUACUUCAUGUUGCACAAGUUACUAGUAAUGCACUUGCUUUGGUUAAUCGAUUUGCGGAUCGACACCGGCCUAGUCCUUAAUGUGACUGAAGCAGGGAGCGUGAAUUUGAAUUAGUCAGAUCAGUGAUGAGGUUGCAAGUUUUGAUGUGUAUAGGUCAUGUUUUUUUUUUUUUGAAUUUUCAUAAGCAUGAAUUUGGGGAUUUGUGCGGAGUGGUAACAUUAUAUAUAUUUACUGUUGUAGCAAGGUUUGUGUGAAAAGGUUCAAUUUUGUAGCUGCAAUGAAGAUAGUGCAGCUUAGUUUGUUUUCUAUAUGUGAAUGUAAUAAUAUAAUCUUCUUGCUUGUAUGAGCUUUGUUUUUGUA